AUGCAGGCUAUCAAAUGUGUGGUGGUCGGCGACGGGGCUGUUGGUAAGACCUGUCUGCUGAUUAGCUACACCACCAAUGCCUUCCCUGGUGAAUACAUUCCUACUGUCUUUGACAACUACUCUGCAAAUGUGAUGGUUGAUGGGAAACCAGUGAAUCUUGGUCUCUGGGAUACAGCAGGACAGGAGGACUACGAUAGGCUAAGACCACUGUCUUACCCACAGACGGAUGUGUUCUUGAUAUGCUUCUCCCUGGUCAGUCCGGCCUCCUUUGAGAACGUCCGAGCUAAGUGGUACCCUGAGGUGAGACACCAUUGCCCCAACACACCCAUCAUCCUGGUGGGCACAAAGCUAGAUUUGCGAGAUGACAAGGAUACCAUUGAGAGGCUGCGAGACAAGAAGCUUUCUCCCAUUACUUACCCGCAGGGCCUGGCCAUGGCAAGAGAGAUUGGGGCUGUGAAGUACCUGGAGUGCUCUGCGCUGACCCAGCGAGGCCUGAAGACCGUAUUCGAUGAGGCCAUCCGAGCUGUGCUCUGCCCUCCACCAGUAAAGAAAAGGGGGAAAAGGUGUACCAUGUUUUGA